AUGGGAAGAAAAUCAGAUAUUUCAAGUUUUAUCAAAGGACAAAUUAAUGCACUGCAUGUAGUAGGACAAAGUCAGCGUGCUAUAGCAAGACAGUUAAAGAUUUCAAGAUGUGCUGUUCAAAAUGCAUUAAAGGAGGAGACAGGUAAGCGUUUAAAUUGCGGCCGUCCCCACAAAACAACAAGUCGUGAGGAUCGAUUUAUGAAAGCUGUAGUAGUACGUAGUCCGAGUGCAUCCUCUGCUCGCAUAGCUCAAGCACUUCGUGAGAGAGGGACAGUUAUUAAUUCUUGCACAGUCAGACGACGCCUAACUACAGAUUUCAAACUAUUUGGAAGACGACCAGCAAAAAAACCGUUAUUGACAAAGCGGUUUCUCUUUGAUUUAUCGCCAUUGCUUGGUUUUAAAGUCAUUACAACUUGCAUUUGA